GUUUGACGGAGGACAAGCACCACAGUACCACACGUAUUCUCUCUGUGUUUCUGCUGCCGCCAUCCGCAGUUCGUAUCACGUCCCGAGACUCAUGUCAAUCUUGGAAGUGUCCCAGGUAUUAUCCCACCUUUCAAUCAGGCUCUGCAGCUCCAAGAAACUUGGCUGCAUCAAGAACCACUCUUUCACUUGACUUCCUUCGUCCUCAGCUGAAGGUGUCACCUUUAGUCUAGAGAUCCACUCGACCGUGAAUUGAACCCUACCUCUCUCUUACUCCGACCACUAUAUCUUCUUGAUUCCCUACUUUCACGUCAUUCGAACGGCUUUCUUGACCUUGACCUAUCUCCCUUGUCCUUACUCGGUACACAUCUGUCAAAAUGGAUCAACUCAAAGGGGCCUUGAACAGCUUCACCGGAGGCAACAACGAACAAACCCCUCAACAGAGCGGUCAACAGCAGGGCGGUUCCUCUGGAGGUGGUUUCCUCGGCGGUCUAGGUGACAAGUUCAAUGCUGCAGCAGGUGGUGGUCGAGAGUCGGAGAAGAAUGAGGAUUACCUCGACAAAGGUGUCGACUUCGUUCAAGAGAAAUUCCUCGGCCAAGGACCUCAAGACAACGAAAGUGCCGUUGAACAGGCCAAAGACGAGCAGAUCAGCGACUUCAUUCGCAACAAAUACAAGUCGACCAGCGGUUCUGAUCUCCCAUUCAAGGACAAGUCCUAGAUUGCGGCCCCCGUUGACCUUUACGAACUGCCUCCAUCGAUGACGCUCUCGACAGAAAAUCGGACGUAGGAAAGUGCUGGAUGCAGCAGUGGACUGGUCGACAAGAGUGCUGUCGCUUGCUACAAAUGGUGACAGCUUGGUGAGCUGGGAUGCGAGCUCAGUAGCAUGGAAUUACAGAAGUGCUGGCAUGGACUUCCAUGGCAAAUAGCACGACACGAAGGACUUGAUUCGUACCUAGGUAUGGAUUGCAUCACAUAGGCAGCCGCCCAAUAUCAGAAACAGCUUUUUCAAGGCUUCAACGAAUAUUCCAAAGGGAGGGAGUCGGUCUACUGUGGUAAAAUCCUAUUCAGGAUCAAUCGUUGCUUUCCAUGCUAUGGGUCGACAAGGUCUGAGCAGCAACAUCUUAACAAGUUUGCAGCCCAUCUCAUUCAGCCUGAGAUAAGUUCUCCUCCAGACCACUCAAUUAUCCUGACCAACAUCCUCAGGUAGCCGCCAG